CCGGCCACCACGGCCUUCUCUUCAGCCGACUAACCAGCUAACACUUACAGCAUAAUUUAUGGCACAUUAAAGGGUAUCACGCCGUAACUGAGACGCAUGGAAUGGUGUCGGCUGCCAGUAGAUUGUAAAUUAUAAUUAUUGAUUGGCUGUUGCUAGUUACUGUGACGCGAAUCUAACGUGGUGGCAGCUGGUUGUUGUUUUGUCGUCUUAAUAAAAGGUAGUCCCCGUCCUGCUUCUGUUUUUUCACUUUUUAUUUUUUGGUCAGUUGCCAGUAAACUCCUUCCCCCGCUUUUCGUACCUGCUCUGGGGACCGCCAGCUCCUCCUCGGGGUUGUUGACCGCCGUUGAGACAGAGAAGGGUUCCGGUAACUUUGGGAGUUUGCUGACCCCAUCUGGGUCACUGGGUUGCCUGAUGCUGCCGGAUAGGCCGGAGGCUCCAGUCAGCAGAUGUCGGUUUACUUAGUCGAGAUGUUGGACCGGAGAUAAGUUAGUCCUUCCUUUUGCAAUCACAUUUUUUUUUGCAUAGGUGGUCAGAUAAAGUGCACUCUCUCCAUCGCAGUAUGUAUGUUAUCUAACAUCUGUGAUAUGUGCUGGAUCGCAGUUGUCAUCAGCAGUCUUGUGCCAAAUUGUAAUUGCUGUCCCUAAUCCUGUGUUCCGGCGAUGCUGGACGGAGGAGCUUCACAUCGGCCUCGUGUUUACUCAAGCGGCCGCGCUGUUUUUAAUGCCCUUAUUUUACGGGCAUGAGUUUCUGUGUCCCAUCUGGACUUCCUGUGAUGGGGGUAGGGCCGCCUCGCCGUUCAUGGAUGUGAUGGAGUGCGAGAAAUGUGUGGACUGCUGAAAAAUAGCGACUGCCGUUUUAACAGUUUUUGAUGCAUAAAGAACCCCGGGGGUUUUGGGGGGGGGGGGCUUUCAAAAAGUGCCUGCUAGUUCAGAAUGGACGAUGUAAGCCCAAGUAAUACCUGCACAGGACUGGAGCGUUCCCCCUUGGCUGUGAUGAAACCUAGACGACUGUCUGCCUCCCUCAAACUGCAGUUACGUUAGAGUGUGUAUUUUUUUCGUGUUUUUUCGUGUUGAGCACAAGAGCUGUAGAGGCUACGUUUAGAGACGUUUUUUUACGUUUUUUUUUUUCUGAUUUUUUUUUCUGCCUUUAUAUUGUUUGGUGGCAUGUCAUUACAUGUCCAGCAGUCUGAAGUCUGUGGAUUGGUUCCUUUCGGGUCUGCAGAGUGUAUUCAAUCCUCUGGUCUCCGUGCCUGACCACUUGGAGGGAUCCUGGUGUGGAUUAUAAUUUAGGGGCCGCAGUAGAUUCUCCGUGUUGCAGUAUCUGUAAAAAAUGCAUCGCCUGGCCCCCGCUUUGCCAAAAGACUGAGCCGCCCUGUGGACACCUCCGCCCAAGAUGGAGAGAAAACGGAGAAAGAAAUGAGAGCUUCCAGGCGCCGUUCAACUUGGGCACCAUGCAGCUUCAUGCCAAGCAGUUCCCAUCAGACUUCUUAGUGUCUUGAUUUUGGUUGUUUUUUUCUUUUGAUGUGGUGAGGAGCAGCGUCGGCUCUGGGACAGCACUAUACAGAGACAGUAGGAUUUGUAGGGGGCUGGCAGCUGCGGUCAUGACUUCUCCAAGGGCUCUGUGGCUUUUCAGCAUCGUGGCCCUCCUGGGGUGGAGGUUGCCCCAAGUUGGGAGCAAGCGGGAAGGUGUGAGCAUGUCCCCGGAGGUACUCCAUUGCCCAAAUUGCUCCCAGCUCACUCUUAAAGUGGAGUUUUCUACGAAAGUGGUGGAACAUGAGUACAUAGUGGUAUUUAAUGGCUACUUCACGGCACGUGCGAGGAGCCGGUUCAUCAGUAGAGCGCUGCACGACUUGGACGCGCUGGUCUGGAGGAUCAUGCCGCGGGACAAUCCGGCGAGCGACUUCCCCAGCGACUUCGAGGUGGUGCAGAUCCGGCAGGCUCUCCCACAGGGUCUUCUCACUCUCCAAGACCACCCCUACAUCAAGAGGGUCACACCCCAGCGCAUGGUCUUCCGCAGCCUCAAGUUUGUGCAAACGCCGGAGCCUGGCUCAGCAGCUCCCUGCAAUGACACUCGCUGGACCCAGAAGUGGCAGUCGUCUCGGCCGCUGCGCCGGACCAGUCUGUCACUCGGCUCGGGCUUCUGGCACGCCACGGGCCGCCACAGCAGCCGACGCCUCCUGCGCGCCAUCCCCCGACACGUGGCCCAGAUCCUGCAGGCCGACGUACUCUGGCAGAUGGGCCACACCGGUUCUGGUGUGAAAGUGGCAGUCUUUGACACCGGGCUCAGCGAGAAACACCCACACUUCAAAAACGUGAAGGAGAGAACCAACUGGACCAACGAGAAGACGCUGGACGACGGCCUUGGCCAUGGUACGUUUGUGGCUGGGGUCAUCGCCAGCAUGAGAGAGUGUCAAGGGUUUGCCCCCGAUUCAGAGCUUCACAUCUUCAGAGUCUUUACCAACAACCAGGUCUCCUAUACCUCCUGGUUCCUAGAUGCGUUCAACUACGCCAUCCUAAAGAAGAUCGACGUGCUGAAUCUCAGCAUCGGUGGGCCAGAUUUCAUGGACCACCCCUUUGUCGAUAAGGUCUGGGAGCUGACGGCUAACAGGGUGAUUAUGGUUUCUGCUAUUGGGAAUGAUGGACCACUUUAUGGGACCCUCAACAACCCUGCUGACCAGAUGGAUGUGAUUGGUGUCGGGGGCAUUGAUUUUGAGGACAACAUCGCUCGCUUUUCAUCCCGGGGCAUGACCACAUGGGAGCUGCCCGGCGGCUACGGCCGCGUGAAGCCGGACAUCGUGACGUACGGCUCUGGCGUGCGUGGCUCGGGCAUGAAGGAGGGCUGCCGCUCGCUGUCCGGCACCAGCGUGGCCUCGCCCGUGGUGGCUGGGGCAGUCACCCUGCUGGCCAGUACUGUCCCGAAUCGGGAGCUGGUGAACCCAGCCAGCAUGAAGCAGGCCCUCAUCGCUUCAGCUCGCCGCCUUCCCGGGGUCAACAUGUUUGAGCAGGGCCAUGGCAAGCUGGACCUUCUCCGCGCCUAUCAGAUCCUCAACAGCUACCAGCCCCAGGCCAGCCUGAGUCCCAGUUAUAUCGACUUGACGGAGUGUCCGUACAUGUGGCCCUACUGCUCCCAGCCCAUCUACUAUGGGGGCAUGCCUACCAUUGUUAACGUCACCAUCCUGAAUGGGAUGGGGGUCACAGGCCGAAUUGUUGACAAGCCUGUCUGGCAGCCUUACCUGCCUCAGAAUGGGGACCAUAUCGACGUGGCGGUCUCCUACUCCCCCGUGCUCUGGCCCUGGGCUGGGUACCUCGCCGUCUCCAUCUCGGUGGCGAAGAAAGCGGCGUCAUGGGAAGGCAUCGCUCACGGCCACGUGAUGGUGACUGUGGCCUCGCCGGCGGAAAACACUUCAAACGCUGGUGGGGAGCUGACAUCCACCGUGAAGCUGCCCGUGAAGGUGAAGAUCAUACCCACUCCUCCACGCAGCAAGAGGGUUCUGUGGGACCAAUACCACAACCUGCGCUACCCCCCCGGGUACUUCCCGCGAGACAACCUCCGCAUGAAGAACGACCCGCUGGACUGGAAUGGAGACCACAUCCAUACAAACUUCAGGGACAUGUAUCAGCACCUGAGGAGUAAUGGGUAUUUUGUGGAGGUGCUGGGGGCACCGCUCACCUGCUUUGAUGCCAGUCAGUAUGGAACCCUGCUGUUGGUGGACAGUGAGGAGGAGUAUUUCCCUGAGGAGGUCAACAAGCUUCGGCGCGAUAUCGACAACGGGCUGUCGCUCAUCAUCUUCAGUGACUGGUAUAACACCUCUGUCAUGAGGAAGGUGAAGUUCUACGAUGAGAACACCAGGCAGUGGUGGAUGCCGGACACAGGGGGCGCUAACGUGCCAGCCCUCAAUGACCUGAUAUCCAUUUGGGGGAUGGCCUUCAGCGAUGGGCUCUACGAGGGCGACUUCGCCAUGGCCGACCAUGAGAUGUACUACGCCUCUGGGUGCAGCAUUGCUCGCUUUCCGGAAGACGGAAUCGUCAUUGCCAAGACCCUGAAGGACCAAGGACUGGAGGUUUUGAAGCAGGAAACUGCGGUAGUUGACAAUGUUCCCAUAUUGGGUCUAUACCAAACCCCCUCUGAAGGGGGCGGCCGGAUAGGGCUGUAUGGUGAUUCCAACUGCAUCGAUGACAGUCAUAGGCAGAAAGACUGCUUUUGGCUCCUGGAUGCUCUCCUGCAGUUCACUUCCUACAGCAUGACCCCUGCCAGUCUCACCCACUCAAAGAGCCGGGUGGCCCCCCCCUCGUCAGUGUCUGAACACCCGCUGCCUGAGAGGUUGGAGGGUAACCACCUGUAUCGGUAUUCGAAGGUGCUGGAGGCUCAUCUGAGAGACCCCAAGCCUCGCCCGCUGCCAGCCUGUCCCCACCUGUCCUGGGCCAAACCGCAGCCGUUGAACGAGUCCGCACCCAGCAGUAACCUGUGGAAGCAUCAGAAACUGCUCUCUGUGGACAUGGAUAAAGUGGUGCUGCCCAACAUCCGGCCCUAUCGACCUCAGGUCCGACCCCUCUCCCCCGGAGAGAGCGGGGCCUGGGACAUUCCUGGAGGUAUCAUGCCAGGCCGCUACAACCAGGACGUAGGACAGACCAUCCCGGUGUUCGCCUUCUUGGGUGCCAUGGUGGUGCUGGCCUUCUUCGUGGUCCAGCUGACCAAAGCCAAGAGCAAGCCGAAGAGGAGGAAGCCUCGGGUGAAGCGGCCCCUCUUCCUGCAGCAGCUUCAGCAGCAGCCGCACACAGGCAGGACUCCCAGCGUGUGAACUGGACUCCACCCAGAUGCCUGGGAAAGCCGCCACAAGGGGGCGACAACGCGUAUGAGGAGGUCACAGGAGUUCAUUGAGAGAUGGAUGACCGUUAUCAAAGGAGCGUGACCCGUAUGGAAGAAACUUUCAUUCCACUGACCAAAUUGGAGAGUUGGCUUGAAUCCUGAUUCUUCUCUUUUUGUAUUUAUUUUUAUUACUAAAUGUUUACUAGACCUCCUUCUCCAGGACUCUUUCUAAAUGGGAAGAGCUUGACCAUUCAAGCCGGACUGAACGCUCUGCUUUUGGAGAUGCACAUUUUGGGAAAUAUUUUCACUUCUUUUGGUUUUCUUUUUGUAUGUCAGUUAUUUAAUCCGUUCAUCUGUUUUUAUGGAAAUGGCCUUUGCCAUGACACUGUACAUAUGCAUCAUUGUCUCCAUCACUACUGGAGGUAGAGGGCUAGUUGCCCUUCUCUCCGCCUUUCCAAAUAUACUCAAAUAUGAAGCUGAAA